UCACCGGGGCUCGUCAGUCUCGAUCAGGCGACGCGGCGACCGGUCGCCACGCCAUGCGCGCUGCGGCAGCUCUUUGACAGUGACAGGUGACAGUGACAGUCAUGACUUGCGUCAGUGCUGCCCUCCUGCUCCUGGGGAUACUGACCCCGGCGAGCGCACAGAAUGGGAUCAGUUCGUUUAUAUCAGAUCUGUUCGAGUCAUUGGACACGCAGGUGGAGACGCGCAGUUGUCCGGGCGCGUGUAUGCACACCCUCACAGCGCUCAUCUGCUCCAAUGUGCGUGAUGACGCCGACUGCCCCAGCGGCAUGAAGUGCUGCAUGGAUGAACCUUUAGACAAUGAUACGGCAAUCACAACUCGGCGUCCGUUCACGACGCGCUACACGACCACGGAGUCCGACGAAGACGAGACCACCACACUGACGCCCGACAGACACAAAGACAGUGGUAAUAUAGCGUGUCCUGACGUGUGCGUGGUGGUGCAACUAGCGCAGUACUGCCAGGCGUACCUCAGCUCGCCGGGGCUGUGCGCCAGCGGCCGCGUCUGCUGCGUCGCCAGGGACUUUUAUGGUGACAGCCCGCCUGACGACCUCGUGGUGCCUAAUGAGAAACAGCAUCAUCAUACUAAGAAGCCUAGCACUGCUUUAACAACAACGCCCCCGCCGAAGAAGAAGACAGCAGUGAGCCACAAGGAGCGCGAGUGCCGCGGGGAGUGCAUCAGCGGGCUGUUCGUGUUGCUGUGCGACCACGUGGACGAGCAGGCGACCUGCGCCGACGGCGGCACCUGCUGCAUCACCGACAGCAAGGAUACCACCACGAGAAGACCAACCACCACGCCACGACCUACCACACCGCCGCCGCUGCCACGCUGCCCGAGCUUCUGUCUGCCGACGGUGAUGGCUGCCUUCUGCAAAUACCCCUCAGAGAUCAACGCGCACACCAACUGCCGGCUCGCCAACAUGUUCUGUUGUGAUAACACCAGAGCGGCGAAGACCCCCCGGCCGACGACGGCGCGGCCCACCACCACCACCACGCCGCCCCCCGCGCCCCCCGCACCCGCCGACCCCCGCCCCGACUGCCCCGGCUCCUGCGUAGUGCCGCUGCUGUCCUUCACCUGCUUCCACAACGCGGAAAUAACAGAUGUAUUUAAAUGCAAGAAGGCGGGCACUCAGUGCUGUGCGCCGAAGUCCAAGAUCAUCGAAGUGGUCGGCGGCCCUGAGCGGAAUGACUCCUACCCGCUCACCACCACCACCACUGGUUACAAGCACCACGCGCUCACCACUAACGAGAUAGUGCCUCACGUGCCUCAUGUGCCUCACGUGUCCCACGUGCCUCAACACACCACGCCUAUUGAUCGUAUCGCAUAUCCCUACGAGCCGAGCUAUGGCACCACGAUGAUGCAUUCUGCAGAGAAAUAUAAUAAAUACGUUUGCGGUGUUAAAGGCACGGCGGCGCGCGCGGGCCGCGUGAUGGGCGGCGAGGACGGGCUGCCGGGCGAGUGGUGCUGGCAGGUGGCGCUCAUCAACAACAACAACCAGUACGUGUGCGGCGCCGCGCUCGUCGGCACGCAGUGGGUGCUCACCGCCGCGCACUGCGUCACCAACAUCGUACGUUCCGGUGAUGAUUACUUCGUGCGCGUUGGUGACAACGACCUGACGCGCAAGUACGGCUCCCCCAGCGCUCAGACUCUGCUGGUCGCUACUACAUAUAUACACCACAACCACAAUAGCCAGACUCUCGACAACGAUAUCGCAUUACUGAAACUGAAGACUAAAGCGGAGCUGAAAGACGGCGUGUGCCUGGUGUGCCUGCCGGCGCGGGACGAGGAGCACGCCGCCGGCAAGCGCUGCACCGUCACUGGCUACGGGUACAUGGGGGAGACGGGUCCUAUUCCUCUGCGUAUCCGCGAGGCGGAGCUGCCCAUAGUGAAUGACUCUGAGUGCGUGCGGAAGGUGAACGCGGUCACUGAGAAGGUGUUCAUUCUCCCCUCCUCCUCCUUCUGUGCCGGCGGGGAGGAGGGCAACGACGCCUGCCAGGGCGACGGCGGCGGUCCCCUGGUGUGUCAGGAUGACGGCUUCUACGAGCUGGUGGGGCUGGUCUCCUGGGGCUUCGGCUGCGGCCGCCAGGACGUGCCCGGCGUCUACGUCAAGGUCUCCUCUUUCAUCGGCUGGAUCAACCAGAUCAUAUCCGUCAACAAUCCAUAGACCAUCAACACUGGAAGACUAUCCAAAUUAUAACCUACAAAUUAGCAAAAGCAUAGACAAUUUUUUAUUUUCAUAACCUAAAAAAAUUAUUGACCUAGAAUACUAUAGAAACAUUUUGAUAACCAAAAUAAUUCGCAUUUAUUUUAUUAUAGUCUUCCAGUUAGAGAUAAAUAGACCUCAUGUUAGAUUUAUGUUUUAAACGAGAACUCUAUAAAAUUGUGAACUGUGUAAGACGCCUAAUUAUAUAAAAAUGACCGUAAGUUCCACUGUCAAUAUUUUCAUACAAAAAUAUUGUCAUCUUUGAAAAAGUGAAAUAACAGUUUUUUUAUGUCGUUAAUUAUUUUAGCAUGAGCAAGAAUAUAAAAAUUUUUCGGCAACCCGAUAGUUUAUUUUAUAUUUCUGUUCAGGCUAUAAACAUGGCGUCUUUGAAAAUAACGACAGCAUAUUUAUAAAGUUUUCAAUUUUAUUAGGAAUAAAAAAAUGUAAAUAGACUUUUAUUUCUCUAUAUUUAGAUUAAUUUAUUUAUUAUAGUUAAGUCGUAUGUGGCAUUUAUUAUUGUUUUCCCACCAUUAUUUUUCAUAAAAUCAGCAACUAUUUAAAAAGCAUAUAAUUUCAAACAAUAUGUAUCCUAAAUUAUGGCCUAUUUUGCAUUUAUAUUUAUGGCCAUGUUGUUCAGAUUAUUUAAUAUUUCCACCUGCUUUUAGUGACAGCAAUGUUCCCGUGGGAUCAAUUUAGUAUAAGUAUGAGACCAAACAGUAAAUUUUAUGCAUUUUUUAUGUAUUCUAGUAAUUUAUUAUAGUUUUAAGGCUAUGGUGUAAUUAAAUAAAUGCAAUAUUUCUUUCAAGCCAUUAAUGUCACUUAAAUUAUUUAUUCGUCAUGUUGUAAAUAUAAUUUUUGGUGCUAGCUGUUUGUUCUGCGCCCACUGAUCUGUAUAAAUGGAUAGGUCUGCUUGGAAAUGAUAUCGCUUUUAGUUAAUACAUCUAUUAUUAAUUCCAAUUCUCACCAUUACUCACUUUUACCAACGACCGUCAGCGCCAAAAAAGAAAUCAGAUCGGCAGAAAUUACCUAUUCCAUGUCGGCAGAAAUUAGCUUGUCCAUUUAUUAAGGUCAGUGUUGCGACUAAACGCGCAGAUACACUUGUUUGAAAAAUAAAUUUAUUAAAAAUUA